AUGAACCUUGUGAUGGGGAAGUGGAAUCCGAGAAGAAAGGACAACACCACCCAGAGCCUCACAUCUCUGUAUCGUUUCCUUUUACAGCAGAUCACCAGCCCCCCUCAGCGAAUUCAAGAAUAUUCGCUGAGGCUGAAUGGAAGAAGCGGCGGGGACACCAAACUCAAAAACCUCCCCGAUGAGAUUGAAACCACCUUAAUCGAUUUUGCUGACGAUAUGAUGGGAUACGGGUACGACGAACUACUACCAGGCGCGGUUGUGGAUUUUGAAAACUCGGAAUUUUACGCUAGUCUUGGCGCCACAGCUCUUCAAGGCUCUGCAAUUCGCACUGUGCGUAGUCAAUUCUUACAGGUUAUAACGCAGCCUUAG